UCGGCGGCGGCUGCGAGCCCGCGGCGCAGGUGCGGCUCGGGCCCACGUGGGCCGAGGCAACAGGCGCUGGUUUCCGGCCGCGCGGACCUCGGGCCGCCCGCCUCGCUCCAACAUGGACACCCCCCCGCUGUCGGGUUCGGACUCGGAAUCUGAGGAUUCUCUGGUCACGGACCGAGAGUUGCAGGAUGCGUUUUCCCGAGGCCUCCUGAAGCCAGGCCUCAACGUCGUGCUAGAGGGGCCGAAGAAGGCUGUGAACGACGUGAGUGGCCUGAAGCAGUGUUUGGCUGAGUUCAAGCGGGAUCUGGAGUGGGUUGAAAGGCUCGAUGUGACCCUGGGUCCCGUGCCGGAAGUCGGUGGACCUCAGUCAACACCCCAGACCAAGGAUCAGAAAGCUGUUGAUCCAGAAGACGACUUCAAGCGGGAGAUGAGCUUCUACCGGCAGGCCCAGGCUGCGGUGCUGGCGGUAUUACCCCGCCUCCAUCAGCUCAAAGUUCCUACCAAGAGGCCCACUGACUAUUUUGCAGAGAUGGCCAAGUCUGAUCAGCAGAUGCAGAAGAUUCGACAGAAGCUGCAGGCUAAACAGGCAGCCAUGGAGAAGUCUGAAAAGGCGAAGCAACUGCGAGCACUUAGGAAAUAUGGGAAGAAGGUGCAAACAGAGGUUCUUCAGAAGAGGCAGCGAGAGAAAACACAUAUGAUGAAUGCCAUUAAGAAAUAUCAGAAAGGCUUUUCUGAUAAACUGGAUUUUCUUGAGGGGGAUCAGAAACCCGUUGCACGGAAAACAAAGGAAGGAGCAAAAAGCCAGCAGAUGAAGAAGGGGCCCAGCGCUAAGCGACGCUAUAAAAACCAGAAGUUUGGUUUUGGUGGAAAGAAGAAAGGCUCCAAGUGGAACACUCGUGAGAGCUACGAUGAUGUAUCCAGCUUCCGGGCCAAGACAGCUCAUGGCAAGGGCCUCAAGAGGCCUGGAAAGAAAGGAUCAAAUAAGAGACCAGGAAAACGGACACGAGAGAAAAUGAAGAGCAGACCACACUAAGCAGCAUCUUUGUAUACAAAGAACCAAGAAAAAGGGUUGCAAACUUGGGAUUUCAGCAUACAGUUGGAUCUCUUGUGUUGGUUUCUUUUUGUAAAAAGUUCUUUCAAUAAACAGUUUUCAAAGAAACACAAUCAUGGUUAAAAACUCAGGACUAAAAAAAGAUGGAGAAGUUACUUUUAUAUAUUAAGUAGGAUUGCUAUUGAUUGACGAUAAUUUAGACUUUGAGUCCAAAUCGUCUUUUUUUUUAUGAUAUAUGAAAACUUGCACCUUCCUCAUGCUUCUAAGUAAUUGUAUCACGAUUCUAGAUAAGUCAAGAAUGAGUGAUCGUAUCAUUAUGAUUAUUUAAAUACCCAUCACUGUCAAGCUACGUGUACUAUGAUAAAAUUUCCUUUGUGAUACA